GGGAAAGGCCUCAGUCAGGAGGAGCAGGCAGAAUGGAGAUCAUCUUCUAUGAAGACAAGAACUUCUCUGGGAAACACUUUGAGUGCUCCAGCGACUGUGCGGAUCUGCUGAGCAAGCUGAGCCGCUGCAGCUCCAUUAAGGUUCGGAGUGGCUGCUUCAUGAUCUACGAGAAACCCAACUACACUGGAAACCAGUACUACCUGAAGAGGGGAGAGUAUCCGGACUUUCAUCACUGGACGGGAGCCAACGACUCUGUCAGCUCCUGCCGCUGCAUCCCCACGGAGAGCGGGCCAUUCGACAUGCGUCUCUAUGAGCGGAUCGAGUUCGGAGGCCAGGUGAUGGACCUGAUGGACGACUGUCCCAGCGUCAUGGACCGCUUCCACAGGAACGAUAUCUUCUCCUGCAAUGUGAAAAAGGGCAACUGGCUUUUCUACGAGCACCCCAACUACCGGGGCAGGAUGUACCUGAUCAGGCCGGGGGAGUACAAGCGCUUCAGCGAGUGGGGGGGCAGGAGCGCCAGGGUCGGCUCCAUCCGGCGCAUCACAGAUUACUGAUCUGCUGCGUGUGAAAGCACAUCGUCUUCAUGAAGGAGCGAGCUCUGACGUGCUCAGUGCUGUGUGUUUUGAACCCUGUCUAUCUCUGUGUCCUGAGGAUUCAUUAAAAAUCUCAUCACAGCUUCUUCUGCACUCAUACAACAACCUGGACACAAACGCUGCCACUGCUCAGAGAAGUUCUGGCUGAUCACAUGUUCUAUAUCAAUCAGGGUUUCUGAAAGUAUUACCCAAGUAAGCCUCAUCAAAUCACUCAUGUAAAACAUUAAAAAUUAUGACAUUACACUAGAAUAAAAAAAAUAGUGUUAAAAGACACUUGAAGGCUAAGGUGGUCUACCACAGAUACAUGGAGAAAAAUACUUUCAAAAUUAUUUAUUUAACUAGAGGUUAGAUUUAGUGUGAUCAUCCUACAGGUUGAACUUGAAGGAAGAACAUUUGUUGAAGCAAAAGACGUUCCUGAAAAACAAGAAAUGUAGUUAGUUUUGAGCCAAGAUGCUGCAGUUUUUAGGAAGAACCAAACCUAACCGUGAGGUUCAGCACAUCAGAUGUUUCUGAGGCUGGAGACAAAUUUAAGACACUCAAAGACAAAUGGAAUGAACAAGAAAUAAAGGUGAAACUAAGCCCUGAACAGUAGUCCUGUCCUUUAACAAAGCUGUUGUUUGCAUCAGUUUUAAAAGAAGAUUUGGCAAUAAAACAGCAAUAAAAUGUAUGAAAUGAGACUGAUCAGAUUUCCACAGUAAUCCUGUGUAUGGGACUGGAUUCUGUAAGGAGGAAGGUGAAGGAGAAACAUUUUACUCCGACUUUUGGUGAAGAAGAAGAGAUGGAGCUUAAGCUGUGAACAAA